UCCACCGCCGCGGAUACUUGCCAGAACGCAGCCCAGCACUGGCCAUAUCCCAACUUGGACUGGCGUCUCCACUACCUUUAAGUCCACGCAGUAAGCUCCUGGGCCACUCACUGGAUGACAUUGAAGAUCUCCGCACGGUUCAGCCGCGGAUUUGCUCUUUUGGACGAGCAGAGUUCUCUUCAGUGAAGUACCGGAGAUGUCUUGAACUGCGGGUGGACGUCGCUAAUCUCAUAAGUUUAUAAGGGCAGGUUCACCUCGGACAUUCAGGUUUCCUCCUCCAGCAAUCUACCUUCGUCUUACAACUCCCGAAAGUUGGGAAUCGAACACCAAUCCUCGAUCAUUAUUUGGCAUCGUAGUCAAUAUCUUUCAGACUUUUAAUAUCAAAUUACCAAGGCAUCGCUCGACAAUCAUGGGCUUUAAUGUCGCUUCCCUUUGGCAGGUGCCAGAGAUCAAUCCGGUCAACGGAAAAGCUCGUUCGAUUCCUAUUCUAAACCCGAUCAACAAAUAUGGAAGAGUAUUUACAUUCUCAUGGCUCGGUUUCAUGAUUGCAUUCCUUUCAUGGUAUGCCUUUCCACCAUUGUUGGUUGUCACCAUCAAGAAGGAUCUCCACCUCAGUCAAAAUGAGAUCGCAAACUCCAAUAUCAUCGCCCUUACAGCCACUCUUCUCGUACGUCUCGUUGCUGGACCCUCAUGUGAUCGUUUUGGUCCUCGAGUCACUUUUGCUGCCUGCUUACUCCUUGGCGCCAUCCCAACUGCUCUCGCAGGCACUGUCAACUCUGCCGCAGGCCUCAUGGUCCUCCGAUUCUUCAUUGGUAUCCUCGGGGGUUCUUUCGUCCCAUGUCAAGUGUGGUCAACAGGUUUCUUCGACAAGAAUGUUGUCGGCUCUGCCAAUGCAUUGACAGGAGGAUGGGGAAACGCAGGUGGUGGAAUCACAUACUUCGUCAUGCCCGCUAUCUUCGACUCCCUUGUGAGCAAGCAACAUCUUUCAGCUCACGUGGCAUGGAGAGUGGCGUUCAUUGUCCCAUUUAUCCUCAUUACCGCCGCAGCACUUGGUGUGCUCCUCCUCUGCCAAGACACCCCAACCGGCAAAUGGUCAGAACGUCACCUUGCCGUUCAACAAAACCUCCAAGCCCAUGGUAUCCGCGCCGGAAUCGUUGACGUCCCAGGUGCCAUCACUGAUCGCAAGGUCGAAGGAGGUGUUGCAAACUCCAACUCCGGAGACGAGAAGCGUAUGGAGGAAGAAGGCGGCAUUGCGAAGGCCAAGCACGGCGAUUAUGACCACGAAGCCAGUAUGGACGAACAACAGAUGCUAGACACCGCUCGUGGAGAAGUAGUCGUCAAACCUUCCUUCAAAGAAGCAAUCCACGUCGUUUUCUCCCCCCAAACAGCCGUGGUCGCCUUCUGUUACUUCUGCUCAUUCGGUGCCGAGCUCGCCAUCAACUCCAUCCUCGGUGCUUACUACCUUUAUAACUUCCCUAAGCUCGGCCAAACUGGAACCGGACGAUGGGCCGCUAUGUUCGGUCUCCUGAACGUCGUCUUCCGUCCCGCGGGUGGUUUCGUCGCUGACUUCAUCUACAAUAAGUCUGGAAGCGUAUGGUCUAAGAAGAUCUGGCUCCACUCGUUGGCAAUUAUCUGCGGCUGCUUCCAGAUCGCGAUCGGUGUUCUCAACUCCAAGUCUCACUCUACUAUGUUCGGUCUGGUGGCUGGAAUGGCAUUCUUCCUCGAGGCUGGAAACGGCGCAAAUUUCGCCCUUGUGCCCCAUGUCCACCCAUUUGCAAAUGGUAUCAUCUCUGGCGUCACUGGAGCCACUGGAAACUUUGGUGGUAUCAUCUUCGCUAUCAUCUUCAGAUACUUGGGUGCGAACUAUGGAAAGACGUUCUGGAUUAUUGGUGUUGUUACUAUUGCUAUCAACUUGGCUGUUUGCUGGAUCAAGCCUAUUCCUAAAGGACAAAUCGGUGGUCGUUAAUGGGUUUCUGUGUAUAGCUUUUUGGGUUUUGGGUUUCGGUAAAAAAGGACAAAUCAUGUGAGGGUAUGGUCAAUUUUAAGAGGUGUAAAUACAUCUUUAUUAUCGUGCUUGCUUUGAGAUACCCGAAUAUAAAUUCUUCUGAG